CUCUUCCUGCCGGUCGAUCCGUCCCUACUACCACGGCAGCCAGCAGCAGCUCUAGGGUUAGCGUGGCGGCGAACUCCUACCGUGUCGCCGGCGCGGCUCUUCCUUUCCUCCGGCGAGUCCGCUUGGUGCCGCUCAUCCUUCGUGAUCCCCCGACCCCUCUCCGGACCGGCGACUCCAUCCAUAGGAAGAUACACUGAUGGACAAACAACACAGUCAGGAACACUCCACCGAAACCAAGAGUGGUGCUGCUUCCAAUCAAGUGGUGAAACCGAAUUUGGUACCAAUGCAGCUUCAAUUUCUACCAUAUGACAUCCUGCGCGGCAUACUGUCAUGGUUAUCGAUAAAAGAAGUUGUGAGAAUGAGCAUACUUUCUCGUGAAUGGAGACAGCUAAGGAUGUGUCAUCCGGACCUGGUAUUUACCGAAGACACAUUUGGCAGCUAUACAAUCACGAAUACUGACCAGGAAUCCAUGACAUUUGAGGAGCUGUUGAAAUUUGACGCCAAGAAGCGCGACUGGCUUAAUAGGAAAUUCAUCAACAAUGUGGACAGUGUGUUGCGCCCAUUCUUGUGUGCUUCUAAUACAAGUACGAUUACGCUGGAAAAGUUUGUGGUCAAAUCUGGUCUUCGCAGGAAGCACAAGUAUUAUAUUGACAAAUGGGUUAGCUUUUCCACUGCAGCAAGGGCCAAGCACAUUGCUUAUGAUUUCACCUCAGAUGUCAAUUGCUUUGGCUCUUAUUUUGACAAGUACAAGUAUGUUUUUCCGCUAUGCAGUCUGAGUGGCCCAAAUGGCUCUUGUAUCAAGUAUCUUGAUCUCGGCUAUGUAUGUUUAAAGCUGCCCCCCGGUUUCUGUGGUAUCACAAACCUUAAGAAACUUACACUAAAUAUGGUGUCCAUCAAUGGAGAUGACCUCCAGUGCUUGUUGCUAAGUUGCACUCUUCUCGAGAGCUUAAGCAUAGAGUCGUGCUCCUCCUCGUCAAGUUUAUGUGUACGACAGGAGCUGUCCCGGUUACAUUACCUGCGUGUGCGACACUGUAAACUCGAAAUGAUGGAGUUUCAUGCUCCUAAUCUUACCAAAUUUGAGUUCGACGACCAACUGAUGCAAACAGUGCUAAAACAAUCUUCAAAGUUGUCAGAGGCAAUUUUUGUGUCAAACAUGAGAUUGUGUGAUGGUUAUGAUGAUGAUCUGGAUUAUAUCUUCACUGAGCUUCCAACUGCUAUUCCUCAUGUGCACACACUACUUCUACUUUUGACUGCUAGUCAGGUGGAAAGGUUCUGUAACACCCAGGAUAACUUCAUUGGUUUGAGGCAACUGAACAUGAACCUUGAUAUCUUUUUCGAUCCAUAUGAUGAUAAUUGGGCUAUGGGGCUUGUUAAUCUCUUGAAAUUAGCACCUCUUUUAGAAGAGCUGGAAGUGCAUAUGGAUUGUGAUAGAUAUUGCUCUCCUAAUCCAAGGACAGUGACGGCGGCGCAAGGGCCUCUGCAUCAUCACCUCAAAAAUGUUUACAUGUUUGGAUUUUGUGAUGUAUUGGGGUUAGCUGAGCUGGCGCUCUAUAUUCUUGGAAAUGCUAUUGUGCUUGAACGUAUGGUAGUAGAUACUAUGGCAGGGAUGAAGGAAGAUUUGAACACUGAACUUUUCUAUUCGGUCAAGUCCGGUAGCAGUGAAGGGUUUGUUCUUCCAACCAAGGGUGCUCUGUACUGUGUCGAGGAGAAGAAAUUGUUUGCGAAAAAGAACCUUGACAGAGAGGAGUUUCGUCAUAUCCUCACCAUUCUGUGAAUAAGCUAGAACUAGAGAUCUUUUCUACAUUUGUGGAUACUGGAGGAACCGGUGUGAUGAAAAAUUGGGCAGGUGUUUACUUUUCCUUCGCUCUGAUAUUCCUACAUGAAGCUUUUAUAGGAACUAAAAGAAGGAAAGCACAAGCUGAAUCGUUGCAGGCAAAGCAUGUCCACACAACUUUAGUACAAGCUGUUUCUGAACUUUUGUUGCACACGAAGUUAGGCUGGGUUCUGAAUUCUGAACUUUGAGAGUAUGAAUAGAAGCCUCGAAUUGGGUAAUUCGGUUGGGUAAUGUACUGAAUUUUUGACUUUGAGCGUAUGUGUUGCUUUGAUAAUGAAAUAAUGUAAUUAUUGCCCCUUUAAUCCUACCAAAACUUAUACAAUUUUUUUAUUGAUAGUUCCAUCACAUCGUGACUAACAAUGGUACUAGGGUUGCAGAAUGUUUGCGGGAAAAAUCUUGACAUAUCGGAGCUCUAUUACCACUCGAAUCCUUUCUGAAGCUUUGCUGGAAUCACUCAGAAGGGAGGCAUUUCUAUAAAAGCUGAUUGAUUGGACUUGUACAUGCACCAAAAUCCAGUGGUGUAUGUAUUAUUGGGCGAGUUCAUCCGGGGAAUUAUUUUUCUCGGCAUGUUCAUCUCAUCUCAUGCGAGCGGAUCGGGAACGAAGAAGGAUGAGGCGAUAGAUGAUAUGCUCAACCGCCUUGGAAUAAAGGAGGACGAGUUUGACUAUCUAGUCUUUGAGGAAGAAGAAGAGGCUCCGAAGGAGGGCCUGAAGUGGAUGGCAUUGGCGAAAGUUCACACAUCAAAUACGUUCAGUCCUCAAACUUUUGAACAACACAUGAAGGUUGCUUGGAGCCCAGCAAAAUUGGUAUUGCUUCAGCACUUGGAAGGUAAUCUAUUCACGGUUCAAUGUAAUUGUUUGGGAGAUUGGCUCAAGGUUUCUGAAGGUGGACCGUGGCUAUUUAGGCAAAGUAUGGUAUCUAUUGAACCAUAUGAUGGGUUAGCAUUGCCUGAACAGUAGACCUGAAUUUCUUUACAACCUGGAUCCAGAUACACAAGAUACCAGUGGGAUAUAGAAAGGUAUCACUAAUUACAAACUUGACAGAGAAAAAAGUUGCAAAAGUUGGUAAAGUUCAGUUAGAUGUCCUUGGAGCUGGGAAUUUUGUCAGAGCUAAGGUGCAAUUGGAUGUUAGACAACCAUGCUAGGUUUGUUUCUAUGUCUCGUGGUGGUGCACGUGAAGUUUAUCCAAUCAAAUUCGAGAAAAUGCCAAGGUUUUGUGCUGCCUGUGGUCAUAUUGGACAUUCAUAUCUGGAAUGUGGUACUGGGGAACAUGAAGAAGACAAACUGAAGUGGGGGGAUUUCUUGAAGGCGGAUUGGGAAUCAUGGUAUGGCUGUGGUUUUGGAGGAGGUAGAGGAGGUGCCCGUACAGCACGGGGUUCUUGGGACUCAUGGGGUGGUCAUGGUUGUGUCCCAGGGCGAGGAAGAGAUGGGGCAGUGGAUGGUCGUGCUGGACCCUAUGCAUGGCGCCAUAAUGCCCUUGCGUAUGGUGAGGGUAUUGCACAAGCUGCGGGAAAGGAAGAUGGAGAUGGAAUGAACAAUGAAGACAAAGAGGACGAUGAUCUCAAGGACACGGGCACUAGUCCGAUUAAAACUAACCAGAUGGAGGUUGAUAUUCCCCAAAAGAGUGGUGAUUCUGGGGCAAAGAGGAGCCUAGAUUUGGCGCUACUGGCUCAGAAUAUGGCAAAUGAUAAUGCAGAGGAGGGUGAUGGUGUGCACCCAGUAAACGCUGCGGGGUUAACAGAUCAGGGAGUGAUCGACAUAACUGAGAAUGCUGAAAAUGACCGUAAUAAGCGGUCGAAGAAGGAUGGAGCUAUCUCCCCUUCAACAGGAUCGGCGGAUUCCCUUGAGGUUCCCGUCCGGUCGCAAUGAGGAUCCCAGCUGCGAACUAUCAGGGUGCGGGGAAUCGCCCGACAGUUCGGUCGCUUUUGAGGGUUCAAAAGCGUUGUGACCCCGAUGUGAUAUUCCUCUCUGAAACUCGCUUAGAAUCUUUUCCUGUGGAAUGUUUACAAAAGCAUCGACUCAAAAAUUGUUAAACCUACCACUUCUCAAAGUGGAGGUGUUUUGCUCCUAUGGAAACAUGGAAUCAACAUACAACAGAUUUAUGCUGCUUCGAAUUAUAUUGAUGUUUCAGUCCAAAAAGCCCUGAGAAAAUUUGGAGACUUAGAGGAAUUUAUGGUGAACCUAAGUGGGAAGACAAGUACAAGACUUGGGACAAGCUACGUGAGCUGAGGACUCAAAUAAUAUGCCGUGGGUUGUCAUCGGUGAUUUUAAUGAAAUUCUGUUUUCAAAUGAGAAAGAAGGGGGCGAUCCCCGACCUGACCAUAUUAUGCAAGCAUUUCGCGAUGCGUUAUCUAAUUGCAAUCUCCAUGACUUGGGUUUUUUGGGCGACCCUUUUACUUGGCAUCGUGGAUGGAUUCAUGAACGCCUGGAUAGAGUCGUCGCUGAUCAUGAGUGGUUGUUGAUGCACCCGGAUGCGACUCUUACUCAUUUCGACUGUAUGAAAUCUGAUCAUCGUCUGAUCCUCUUGGAGACUGAUUGGCUUAAUGUUCCGCCGAGCGCUAGUGGUCCGAAGAGAUUUGAAGCCAAGUGGCUGAAAGAGGAAGACUUUCGUGAUGUUGUUGCCAAUGCAUGGACACAAGCGGUGGUUGAUCUUCCUGAUGGAGGGUCCUCGAGCGUCUGGCCCACAUGCAUGCAUCCUUGCAUGCGUGGGAUAGCAAUAUCCUCCGGCAGCCGAAGCGUCAUUUGAAAUCUGCUCAAAGAAAACUCGAGCAAGCAAUGGAUGAAGUUCACUGGAUGCGAAGAUCUCGGGCUAAUUGGCUACAGUAUGGGGACCGCAAUACUAAUUUCUUUCGUCAAUAUGCUUCAGCUAGGAGGAAAAAUAACUUGAUUAAAAAGCUGAAAAAUAAUAAUGAAUGGGUGGAAGGAACUGCAACUCUAAAACCUAUUAUUCUUGAUUAUUUUUCUAACCUCUUUACCUCUAAAGUUCAUCAGGUUGAUCUGGAGUUUCUUGACAAAAUUCAGCCUAAAGUUACUCCUCUCAUGAAUGAUGGUCUUCUCGCCCCUUUCACGGCUGAGGAGGUCAAAAAAGCUGCGUUUGCUAUUGGUGAUCUCAAGGCACCGGGUCCUGAUAGUCUUCAUGCAAUUUUCUAUAAAAGGUUCUGGAGUAUUUGUGGAGAAUCUAUCACCUCUGAAAUUCUCCAGGCCCUGCAUACUGGUGUUAUCCCAGAUGGGUGGAAUGAUACUAUGAUCGUGCUGAUUCCAAAAGUGGACAAUCUUGAAUCUGUUACCCAAUAUCGCCCUAUUAGCCUGUGCAAUGUGAUCUAUAAGAUCAUAUCUAAGCUUUUGGCAUCUCGUUUGAAGUUGAUUCUCCCGGAUGUUAUUUCCCCAAUGCAGAGUGCCUUUGUCCCUGGGAGACUUAUCUCGGACAAUGUGUUGGUAGCUUAUGAGACUAUCCGUACUAUUAAGAAUAAGAGGACGGGAUCUAAUGGAGCGUGUGCAGUUAAGUUGGAUAUGCAUAAAGCAUAUGACCGUGUUGAGUGGAUUUUUCUAGAAAAUAUGAUGAGAAAUUGGGUUUUGCUGAAAGGUGGAUUUCUUUGAUGAUGGUGUGUGUCAGUUCGGUUAAAUAACAAGUUAGAUUUAACUCUAAAGAGACAGAUUCUUUCACUCCUUCGAGGGGCUUGCGCCAAGGAGACCCCCUAUCUCCUUAUUUGUUCUUAUUGUGUGCGGAAGGUUUAUCUAGUCUUUUGUUGUAUGAAGAAGUUGGUGGCAUUGCUGGGGUUAGGGUGUGCAGAAAUGCACCGUGGGUUUCACAUCUACUAUUUACUGAUGAUUCUCUGAUUCUCAUGAAAGCUGACACGAAUAAUGCAACUUCCUUCCUUCUAGCAGGUCCUAGAUACUUACUAAAUUUUGGACAAAUGGUGAAUUUGGCUAAUUCAAGCAUAUUCUUCUCUCCAAAUACGGAUGUGCUAACAAGAGUAUAAAUUUGUGAGGCUUUGCAUAUUACCACUGAGGCUAUUUCAGAUAAAUACUUGGGACUCCUAGCGCUUGUGGGAGUGGACAGAAGUGACAAUUUUAUUCAUCUUAUUGAGAGAAUUAUUCAACGCAUUAAUGGGUGGAAAGAAAAGUAUUUAUCUAUUGGCGGAAAGGAAAUUCUGUUGAAGUCCGUGGCUCAAGCAAUUCCAGUUUAUGCUAUGUUAGUUUUUCUUAUUCCAAAAGGGGUGUGCAAAAGAAUAAUGGAUGCCAUCCCUAGUUUCUCGUGGGGAGAUGAUGAAAAUAGUAACAAGAUGCACUGGAUGGCUUGGUGAAAAUUGUGCUACCCCAAGAGAGAGGGGGGUAUGGGUUUUAAAGAUCUCCACUCUUUCAACCUAGCUAUGUUGGCCAAACAAGUGUGGCGUCUUGCCAUAGAAAAUACCUCUCUUUGUGCUACAGUUUUACAUGCUAAGUAUUACCGUUACGGGGACAUUUUAAAGGCUGGACCAAAGGUGAGAUCUUCUUUUACUUGGCAAAGCAUCUUUUCUGGUAUUGCCACUUUCAAGCAAGGAUACAUAUGGAGGGUAGGGACGGGGGAGAAUAUUAACAUCUACACUGAUCCUUGGAUACCUUCAAGUCAUAAUAGGAAGAUUCUUUCUCCUCGUGGUCUAGGUGUUUAUACAAAGGUUUCACAAUUGAUAUGCCCAAUCACUGGUGGCUAGGUUGUCCCACUUCUUCAGUCACUCUUCAUGGAUAUUGUGUGGAAUGUAUUCUUGAGAUUCCUCUUAAUGUUUCAGGUUUUGAGGAUUUCAUUGUAUGGUAAUAUAAUAAGAAUGGCAGAUAUUCGGUUCGACCUAGGUAUUAUCUUCAAUGGAGACACCAAUUUGGGGCUAGAGAAAAUCAGUUAUCCCUACCUGGAUCCUCGGUGCUGAAUCCAGUAUGGAAGAAUCUGCGGGGUUUAAAAAUUCCAAGCAAAGUUAAAAAAUUCCAUUGGUGUGCCCUCCACGAUGUGAUUCCCCUGAAAUCGAUAUUGGCCAAUAGACAUAUUGGUACCUCCGGCCAAUGUCCUAUUUGCAUGCAAGGGCCUGAGGACAUUAAGAACCUCUUAUUUCAAUGUGACACGGCGAGUAAAAUUUGGAUGUCACUCGAGCUUUCUGAGGCGAUCAAUGAUGCUAUGAUAUCUGAUCGUGCGGGGUCAACAAUUCUGGAACAUCUCCUUCGCUCUGAUGGUUCUAUGCCUAGAUUCAACUCAAUCGGUGUGAGAGAAGUUAUCCGUACUACCCGUUGGUAUCUUUGGUGGAUUCGGUGACAAAGAACAAAUGGGGAGCCGGUUCCACCUAUGUUCAAAUGCAAAUUAUCUAUCCUAUCGAUCACGGCAAACGUGGCAAAGGUGGGUGCAAAAGUUUCGGCAAGCCAGCACAAAUGGGAGAAGCCUCUAGUGCGACAAAAUAAGGUGAACGUUGAUGGUUCUUUCUUCCAAGCCUCACAUGUUGUUAUGCGUGAUUAUAAUGGUAAUUUUAUGGCAGCCUCUUCGGUCUAUCUCCCAAAUAUUACAUCGGUGAAUGUUGCUGAAGCCAUGGCGAUUAAGAGGGGCUUGCCCAUGCUAAUCGUAUGGGGGUUAACAAUGUGAUCAUGGAAUCGGAUUCGCAAGAAAUAGUUGAUGCGUGUUCGAGAGUGGAUGCUUGGUGGGGAGACGCUUCGGUGAUCAUUUUGGACUGUAUGGACCUAGCUGCUGGUAUUAGGAAGGUCUCCUUCAAGCACUGCGGGAGAGACGCAAAUGAAGUUGCCCACUUCCUAGCUAGAAAUAGUUUCUGAGAGCAAAACUCUUGUAAUUGGAUCAAUGAACCCCCUAGUUUUAUUUUAGAGAAACUCAUAUUCGAUGUAACUAUAUUGUGAUGUGCGGUAGCA